AUGAUUCCCAGAUUAGAACCCAACGACAUUACAUUGUAUAAACCGGCUUUUGGAAUUCGUUAUCAAUAUAAACAUUCUUCUAUUCUAAGAGAAAGAUGUAAAAAAAAGAAAAACAUAAAAAAAAAUAUUAAUAAACAUGAAACAAAUCUUAGGCUUAAAGAACAGCGAGUGUUGUUUAUGAAGCAAGAAAAUGAAUUAAUGUUCUUGUCCAGCGUCUAUCAACUUCGUAAACCUCAAAAAAAACAGUUCAAUGGCAUGGAGAAGAGAUCUCGGAAUGAAUUUUAA